AGGUCUACCUUGUUGUUCAAGUCAAAUAAUGUACAGAGGAACAUAGAAAAUACGCUCAAGGACUCCAAAUAACGAAUUUAGCAUAACUCAAUACUGCAACAAGACUCAAGCAUGUGCCAGCUCUUGGGCAUGAACUGUGCCACCCCGACGGACUUCAACUUCUCUUUCCGUGGCUUUUGUAAAAGGGGAGGAGAAACCGACAUUCAUUCGCACGGAUGGGGCAUGGCAAUUUACGAAGGCCACGGCCUGCGAACCUUUCAUGACUCUGCACCCGCCGCCGAUUCCAAGGUUGCCRAGUUCGUUGCAGAGAAUUAUCCCAUCAAAACCCUCAACAUGAUGGCCCACAUCCGGUACGCCACACAGGGAGAGGUAGCUCUGGAAAAUGUUCAUCCCUUCCAGCGUGAAUUGUGGGGGAUCAACUGGUCCUUCGCGCACAACGGGGAAGUGCCGAAAUACAGCGACAAGAAAUCAUAUGCGGAAUAUCCCGUAUUGGGCUGCCGUCAAAAGAAUGGAACGAAGACGAAUCCAAGAGACAGCAUUUUUUAUCACCCGGUUGGCACGACGGAUUCCGAAGCAACMUUUUGUGCGAUUCUCAAUGCYCUGCGAGCCGAAUUCACCGAGUUGCCCACACUUCCUCUACUGUACGAAACCCUACAGCGCCUGUGUGCUCAGCUGGUGGAAGGGGACGAAGAUCGGACCAUUCUCAAUUUUUUGCUUGGUUGUGGCCAGUAUACGUUGUUCGCUUAUUCAUGGCCGGGAUCUCGGCCGGGAUCUAAAGUCUGGAAUGGCCUUCAUUAUCUUGUGAGAAAGCCGCCCUUUUCCACAGCUAAACUGACAGAUGUUGACUACGAAGUAGAUUUUUCCAAGUGUACAAACGAAAACGACCGUGUCGCCACGAUUGCAACAUCGCCGCUUACACGCGACGAAGAAUGGAAGGAAUUCGAACGAGGUCAAUUACUGAUGUUCGAUGGUGGCUUGGCCUUUUCGGAGCUUUGUGAUGUCCACGAAGUUGAGCAGCAGGGGCGGGGUCUAUUCAGCAACGUCAUUCCGCGGCAGCAAAUUUGUCCGCAUUACGAUACACCAGCCAAACUCAGAACGCUGGUAGAUGAAGUAAUCGAAACAUCGCAUAUGACRUCGCAACAGCAACACAAGCAAACAACAACCUGGGCAAACAAAGCAGCAGAUCUAGGCUGCGGGGCCGGGUGUUCCGGAAUUGCUUUUCGGUCUUGCGUGAAACACAUGAUUGGGGUCGAUUUAUCGCCGGCAAUGGUCGACAAAGCCCGCCAACGAAAUUGCUACGACGAGYUAGUGGUAGGCAACGUCGAGUGUGUCCUCCGACGGCAGCCGAAGCACCUCGAAAGAUGCACGAAUCCCAACCAUGGCUUGCUUGCCUCCAAAAAGUUCGAUCUCAUUUUUUCUUGCAACACUUUUUGCUAUAUUAAAGACCUUAGAAGCGUCUUCGACGACAUACGACAAAUUCUAAACGACGGUGGUGUGUUUGCCUUCACAAUUGAGUUCUUCGAACAGGAUCGAAAUGACAGCGACGGUGCGUUUGACACUAACGACAAGCCAUACGCUCUUCAAUCAUGUGCGAGGUAUGCCCAUAAGCGAUGGUAUCUCGAAGAGAUAACCAAGGAAUCUGGCUUCGAAACGAGACGAUUCGAGACCUCUCUACUAGAACGCCAACACAAUGGGCGAGAUGUCUUCGCUGCACUUGUUGUCUUGGUCCUAUAMGAGUGAACGAGUGAAAAUUAAUAUUAUUGCAAUAAUCUUCAACUACUGGCAAGUACUCACGAGUAAGAAAUAAAUUUUGGUUGC